AUGACACUUUAUUUACGCAACUUUAUCUUAGUAUUUGUCCUCACUACGGGUAUCUUUGCCGCUUCCUUGAACAAAGUUGGUGAAUAUGGGACUUAUUUGAAUCCAAAUCCACGUAGAACUACCAAAUGUGAACCAAAUGAUUUAGUCAAGCUAUCCACUUGUUGUAAUGACGUUCUUUCCAAAUUGGAUGAAUGCAAACCUAACGAUUUAGCUUGUGAAUGUUGUGCUUUGCAAAGUAUUGAUGAUGAAUGUUAUCACUUGUGUCCUGGGAAUCCCAAUACCAACUUCUUGACUGUGUUGUUGCUGGAUUGUGCUGAAAUGAAUGAGGUCAAUGCUUGUUCUUUGCCUUUUAAGAAAGAAGACCCUGAGCCACCUAGAAAAAGUAUUGUGAGGGUAGAUGAAGAGGAUCCUAGAGUUUUGGAUGAUGCAGUUGAUGCCAGUCUACAAAGUAAAGUUUACAAUGUUGAGUCUUUAACUAAACAACCCCAUUUUAAAAACCUGAACUUCGACUUGUUGCCAGAUGAUGAAAAUGCAAAUAAAGAGAAUGGAGGCCAAGUGGGUGCUACAGAUAGAGCAGUUGUUAUGGAGGACACAACAGUGAUUGCCGUUAAUGCUUCUUCCAAUUAUUCAAACUCAUCAACAGUUGGUUUAUUGAAUGAACAACAAUCAGGUACAAUUGGAUUUAAUUUACCAAAUAUGGCGAUACUCUUCAUCUUUGCAAUAUUGGUUGCUGUUCAUUAA